AUGUUUGUCACGGAGCAAGGAAGGAGCAGCGCAACGCAGCUGGCGGGAAAGAACAGGGCUUCCCGAGAACGAGCGGAGGGAGAACAGAGAGCGAGAGAAGAGAGGAAGAGCGAUGACAGCGACGACAGCGACGACGACGAGGACGACGACGACGGAUGGUGCAGAAAAAGCGACGCGGAUGGAUCGCUGGCGGCCCUGGAAACCGGCGCCAAGCCUGCCCGGUUCCAUCUCGCCCAAGAUUACCAACAAGCCCAGUCCCUGGUAUUGACGACGUACUACUGGACAUGCUCUGUGCGGCGUAUUCAGUGCGUACUGUACCUUGAUACGGCUGCUGGGGACAGUCGCACCAUCAGCAUAGUACGGAGUUGGAGAGGAAUGGAUUUGUUGAUUGACCUUGUUCUUGUUCUCUUCAAUAUGGGGAUGAGCAGUUUCCCAAUCAAAACCGACAACCCAGCCUGA